AUGCCCCGGCAAAAGGGCGUCAAGUUCCAACACCGGUCAAACGGCAAUGGAAACGGUAACGGUAACGGCAACGGAAACGGAAAUGGCCAUCACCGUCGACAAAGCUCUUCUGCGGCCAGCGACACUGCUUCCGAGCCUCCGAGCCCUCAGAAAGAUCAGCACGACGGCAACACCAAUGGAAAUAUUGUAAAGGGGGAAAAGCCUGCCCAAGUGUCAGAAUACGAGAAAAAGAAGCAGACUUUCAUAACCCGGACGAUAUGGACACUGGCCAUGAUAGGUGGUUUCUUCGGCGCAAUGUUUGCGGGUCAUGUCUAUGUCCUCAUGGUCAUUACCGCCGUCCAGAUCGUUUCUUUCAAAGAGGUUAUCGCGAUCGCCCAAGUGCCCACCAAGCAGAAGAACCUCCCAUUGACGACCUCGCUGAACUGGUACUUCCUGGCUAUCACCAUGUACUUUCUGUACGGCGAAAGUGUCAUUUACUAUUUCAAGCAUAUCCUCCUGGUGGAUAAAGUGUUGCUACCCUUUGCGACCCAUCACCGCUUCAUCAGCUUCAUGAUGUAUAUAUUUGGAUUCAUGUCCUUUGUUGCCUCGCUGCGGAAAAACUACUACCGCUUCCAGUUUGCCCAGUUCGCUUGGACUCAUAUGGCACUCUAUCUGAUUGUCGUCCAAGCACACUUCAUGAUGAACAACGUCUUCGAAGGCAUGAUCUGGUUCUUCCUUCCCGCGUCCCUGGUCAUCACCAAUGACAUCUUUGCAUACAUCUGCGGCAUCACCUUUGGCCGUACCCAACUGAUCAGCCUCUCCCCCAAGAAGACUGUCGAGGGAUUUGUGGGAGCUUGGAUCUGCACCAUUUUCUUCGGGUUUGCGCUAACCAACAUACUGAUGCGUUACAAGUAUUUCAUUUGUCCCGUCAAUGAUCUGGGCGCCAACAUUUUUACCGGUCUAGAAUGUGACCCGAACCCGGUUUUCAAGGCCUAUCCGUACAACACCAAAGAGUGGACCGGCUUCGACUACACAUUCUGGAUCGCGCCCAUGCAGUUUCACAUUCUUGUCUUUGCAUCGUUCGCUUCGCUGAUCGCUCCUUUCGGAGGGUUCUUCGCAUCGGGUCUGAAACGAACUCUCAAGAUCAAGGAUUUUGGUGACAGCAUCCCCGGACACGGAGGCAUGACUGAUCGCAUGGACUGUCAAUUCAUCAUGGGUCUGUUCGCAUACAUGUACUACCAGAGCUUCAUUGCUGUGUAUAAGACGUCAGUGGGCGGAGUGCUUGAAACGGCCAUUAUGGGCCUGACCCCGGAAGAGCAGGUUGAACUAGUGAAGAGAUUGGGGUGGUAUCUACAGGGUCAAGGCAUCAUUUCGGACAAGGUAAGAAACUAUCAUCUGAUCUCCUGGCUCGCUUGA